UCCCCCCGGAGCUAUAAAGCGGCCCGGCGGCCCCGCGGCGCUCGGCUGCCUCGCUCCACGCGCGCCCGGACGCGGCCAGGCCAAGCUUGCGCGCGUCUCCCCGUGGGCGGACUCCUGGGCAAGAUGGAGUGGGUGUGGGCGCUCGUGCUGCUGGCGGCGCUGGGGAGCGGCCGGGCGGAGCGCGACUGCCGAGUGAGCAGCUUCCGAGUCAAGGAGAACUUCGACAAGGCUCGCUUCGCGGGUACCUGGUACGCCAUGGCCAAGAAGGACCCCGAGGGGCUCUUUCUGCAGGACAACAUCGUCGCCGAGUUCUCCGUGGACGAGAACGGCCACAUGAGCGCCACGGCCAAGGGCCGCGUCCGUCUCCUGAAUAACUGGGACGUGUGCGCGGACAUGGUGGGCACCUUCACAGACACCGAAGACCCUGCCAAGUUCAAGAUGAAGUACUGGGGCGUGGCCUCCUUUCUCCAGAGAGGAAACGAUGACCACUGGAUCAUCGACACGGACUAUGACACGUACGCCGUGCAGUACUCCUGCCGCCUCCUCAACUUCGACGGCACCUGCGCGGACAGCUACUCCUUCGUGUUCUCCCGGGACCCCCACGGCCUGCCCCCUGACGUGCAGAAGCUGGUGAGGCAGCGGCAGGAGGAGCUGUGUCUGAGCCGGCAGUACAGGCUGAUCGUGCACAACGGUUACUGUGACGACAAAUCCGUCAGAAACCUGUUGUAGCAACACCGGGGACUGAAAGCUUCCGUCCACUCUCAGUCGGUCUUCAAGUCUAUUUAUCUUAGGAGUUCGGUUCGCCCCUCCCCCCGCACCUCCCCUGGGUACACACAGCACCUCCCGUCUGUCCGUCCGUCCGCGCGGGAAUGGGGGAAUCCAUUUGUAGUGAAACGGCUUAUCCUCACCGGAGUUCUCUCAUGGCGUUUGAGCCUUAGAAUCCCAGACUUCGAUUAAUUAAAAUAGUCACCGGCUUCCUCUGA